CACUAAUCAUCUACAGAAGUAAAAGAAAUUGUAAAAUAAAUGGCUUAGACGAAAUUAGAUGGUUCCUAGUUAGUCUUAUAUUUUCUAGUAGGUUUGAAAAGUAUUCAAACUCUUUAGUUUUCUUUCCUGGUACUUGUGGGGAAAGAAGUGAGCAAUGAACACUUCUAAUUUAAAUAACGUUUUCACACCAAGUCGUUAGUUUCAUAUUGUGAGUCUUUGAAUCUACUACCAUCAUGGACCCCCACAACCUCAUAAAGACUCCACUUGUGUUUGCUACUGGGUUUUAUAAUUGUUAUUGAUCAACAAGUUUUGUUCUUUCUGCUGUUGGAUAUUGAUUUAGUUCAAAGACCAUACUGCUUUUGAAUAAUUCCAAGGUCAAGUUAGAUUGACUUCUUCCAUUUUUAGACUCGUUAUUACAUUCUGGGGUUUUCUCAUAUAGAUUACAGAAGAAGAAAAAAGCUUCAAGCGUCCAUGGAACAUGUUUCAACUGUGUAGCUAGUGGAGGCAAUUUCACGGCCAACAGCUCUUUCGCUGGUAAUCUCAACGGCCUUGUCUCCUCUCUCUCGUCACUCACAUCCAAACCUUAUGGCUUCUACAACCUCUCUUCUGGAGAUUCAUCUGGAGAAAGAGCUUAUGCAAUUGGUCUUUGUAGAAGAGAAGUAAAAAGAGAUGAUUGUCUCAGCUGCAUUCAGAUAGCUGCAAGAAACCUCAUCGAGCAGUGUCCACUGACAAAUCAAGCUGUUGUGUGGUACACACACUGUAUGUUUCGUUACUCGAACAUGAUAAUCUAUGGAAGAAAAGAGACGACCCCAACUCUGUCUUUUCAAGCCGGUAAAAAUAUAUCAGCAAACAGAGAUGAGUUUGAUCGUCUGCAGAUAGAACUAUUGGACAGACUCAAAGGGAUUGCUGCAGCUGGUGGGCCAAAUAGAAAAUACGCUCAAGGGAGCGGUUCGGGUGUGGCAGGGUACCCGCAAUUCUACGGAAGUGCACACUGUACGCCGGAUUUGUCUGAACAGGAUUGUAAUGACUGUCUAGUCUUUGGUUUUGAAAAGAUCCCAGGUUGUUGUGCUGGUCAGGUUGGUCUUAGGUGGUUUUUUCCUAGUUGUAGCUACAGAUUUGAGACCUGGCGAUUCUACGAGUUCGAUGCCGAUCUAGAGCCUGAUCCACCUGCUAUUCAGCCUGCUGACUCCCCAACAUCAGCUGCAAGAACUGAGAGAACAGGAAAGGGCAAAGGUGGAUCUAAAGUCAUUGUUGCGAUAGUCAUCCCAAUAGUUUUUGUUGCGUUAUUUGCAAUUUGCCUAUGCUUGCUCUUGAAGUGGAAGAAGAACAAGUCUGUAGGUAGAGUCAAAGGAUCAAAUGCAGAGGAUGAGUUCUCAGAUUCGUUGGUAGUUGACUUUGAAACUCUAAAGGCAGCAACAGAUAACUUUUCACCAGAAAAUGAACUUGGACGUGGUGGGUUUGGCUCAGUUUAUAAGGGUGUGUUCUCGGGUGGGCAAGAAAUCGCGGUGAAAAGAUUAUCGUGUACUUCAGGACAAGGAGACAGUGAAUUCAAGAACGAAAUUUUACUUCUUGCAAAGCUUCAACAUAGGAACUUGGUUAGGCUAUUAGGUUUUUGCAUAGAAGGACAAGAACGAAUCCUUGUCUAUGAGUUCAUCAAGAACGCUAGUCUUGACAAUUUCAUCUUCGGUAAUUGUUUUCCGCCGUUUUCUCCAUAUGAUGAUCCUACCGUUCUGUUUUUUCUGCUCUGUGUUGAUCUUUACGCUGUUACAGAUCUUAAAAAGCGUCAACUUUUGGAUUGGGGAGUGCGAUACAAAAUGAUAGGUGGAGUUGCUAGAGGACUUCUUUAUCUUCAUGAAGACUCUCGUUACCGGAUAAUUCACCGUGAUCUUAAAGCUAGCAACAUUCUUUUGGACCAAGAAAUGAAUCCGAAAAUCGCAGAUUUUGGAUUAGCUAAACUCUAUGACACAGACCAAACUUCGACACAUCGAUUUACAAGCAAAAUUGCAGGAACUUACGGGUAUAUGGCUCCAGAAUACGCUAUUUACGGUCAAUUCUCGGUGAAAACAGACGUUUUCAGCUUCGGUGUAUUAGUCAUAGAGAUCAUUACGGGUAAGGGAAACAAUAAUGGUCGAUCAAAUGAUGACGAAGAGGCAGAAAAUCUCCUUAGUUGGGUGUGGAGAUGUUGGAGAGAAGACAUUAUACUAAGCGUUAUUGAUCCGAGUCUAACCACGGGAUCAAGAAGCGAGAUCUUGAGAUGCAUACACAUUGGUCUUUUAUGUGUUCAAGAAAGUCCAGCGAGUAGACCAACUAUGGAUUCGGUUGCUCUAAUGCUCAAUAGCUAUUCCUAUACUCUCCCAACGCCUUCAAGGCCCGCCUUUGCGUUAGAGAGUGUCAUGCCUUCGAUGAAUGUUUCUUCUUCCACAGAACCGUUAUUAAUGUCCUUGAAUGAUGUCACUGUUUCUGAGUUAUCUCCUCGUUAGGAAGCUUAAUCUGCAUAUCUUUUUAGUUUCUUCAAUGAUGGAUUUUGUUUGUGUGAUUUUUUAGACAGCUUGGCUUCAUCUAGCUUU